AUGGAGCUAAACUUUCAGCCUGAUGCUUCAGAGGACCAACCAAGCCCAAAAGCCCUUACCAUUCACCCUGAUUCGAACGGGAAUUAUCUAUGCAAGAGUUGUUCGAAGUCCUUCGCCCAUCCCGAGCCAUAUCGGUACCACGCAAGCAAGCACAACGCUACUGUUGAAUAUAUUUACGAUGAAUACAAGCAGCUGGCUACCUUGAAGCCAGAAAUCAAGGCUUUUUUUGGCGUUCAUUGCGAUGGCAGUACCCACUAUGUUCGAACGUCUAUCUCGCAACCCGUUGGACUCGGCUCUACCAUAAAUGGGGCAGAUGAAGACGUGGUGUUGGCUUUUGAAGAAUUCCGCAGACGUGAUUUCAGUUCUACGGAAAUGCACAAAGAAACAGUCCCGAGACAGUCAGGGUCUAGUCGUUGGCCUAGCAGACCAAACACGAGAUUGAAGUUGCCUUCUCAGUCAACCGAGACCCUGAUGGCCAACGACAGACGUAGCCAACACACUGACGAUCUAACCUUGACCGCAAGCCGGUCUAGCAGACCAGACACGAAGUCACCUUCUCAGUCAACCGAGACCCUGACGGCCAACGACAAACGUAGCCAAGAUGUUGACGACCCAGCCUCAACUGCAAGGAAUAGUCUUCCCGAGCACGUCACUGGAAUCGUAGCUGUAGCUUCUUUCUUCUCGACUGCUGAUGGUGUUCACGGCCACGAAGUACUUGUCACAACUCGCUCAGACACUAUAAUCCUUUUAGGACUAGUGGAUCUUGACGCGCUUCUUCAACACCCGCGCCUCGCGAAACAACUACAGGAGAUGAUUGGUGGGCAUACCUUCCCGAAGCUGCUGAAGUACAAGAAGAAGCCCAAGGAUACCAAGGUUAUGAUUUAUCGGGGCAACCUACCAAAUGAUUUGCCUAUUGGAGUACGCGAAGGAGUUCGAUUGGACGACUGCUCUCCAGUGCUUCAAGCAGAAGUUUGCUCUAUUCUUGACUCAUGA